AUGCCCUCCAACAUCCAGGUCUUCGUGAAAUGGAAGGACCAAACGAUCUUCGCCGGAGAGAAUGUGGAAUGUACAAUUACCUUCAAGAACGUGGCUGAUACCACGUCCGACACCAGCUAUGGAGCUGAAGGAGGCCACCAGCGGAAGCAGUCUCGAGUCGCGAAUCACCCCAGUUCCUCCAACUCCGACUCCUUUUUCUCACUGAAGUCACCCCAAAGCCUCUUUUCGGGGAAGCGAUCAUACUCCAUCGGCUCGCAGAGAAAAUCUUUCCACCGAACCACUUCGUCUAUGAGCACCCCGCCUGUCAGCUCACAUAGCUUCCCGCCAUCUGCUAGCAGCCCCUCUACCCCUCGCAGUUGGCAACCGGGUCACAGCCAUAAACGAUCUGUAUCAAUUCUGUCUAUCGAAAGUGAAGGUCCGCCCGAGAAAGCGACCCCACCACAGUCAUAUGGAAGAGGGAAGCCGACCAGGGGCCAUGGGCGUUCAGCCAGUCUCCAGAUUACACCAAGGAGGAAUGAUAGCUACGAUGAUUCUUAUCGCAAAUCGAGUCGAAUGCCCUUGCGCGGACCUCCCCUGGCAGAGAUGCCAAAUGAAUCCUCGGCAGGCGGGCUGAGAGUCGAUACAUCCCAUCUUGGACGAGCAAGUCGUCCCGAAUCUCUUACAAAUAGCCCAAUUGUCCCUACAGAACCACUGCGAGGAACACCGCGCAGACCUCAGCCUCCAGCUUUCGAUUUCAAGUUCCCGGCCGCUCCGCCACCAGCCGAACCAAACAAUAAACAACGCCCUGCUCUAUCACCCUCCCCGAAGUCGGCCGAACAAGCGGCAUCUUCAGGAAAAGUGACCUCAAAAGAAGGACCUGGAUUAGCGCCCCCGUCACACCAACAACUUACGCGCGUGAUUUCGACGACAAGUGCAACAAAUGGAAGUAGCCGGAGUAGUGGUGAAUUUUACUCGAUGAGCGAUCACUCCAGUGAGACAUUAGCAUCGGAAUAUACAAAUUACUCAGUUCAAUCAGGCCGGGCGCCGCCGCCUGCUCGGCAUGGACGCCACUUUUCGAGCGUCGUGACCCCUACAACAACUAGGUUCACGGAGAGCCAAGCGCUGCUGAUGGGUUAUGCGCAAGUCAGCGCUUCCUUCACUGUCGAUGGAUCUCUGGUCAAUCAAUCUGUUUUUGAUGAAGUCAAGCGGAAGGGUGUUGUUGGAGGACAACCAGGAACGGGUGGACUUCCAGGACGUCCAAGCUCUGCUAGCUCUGAACGCUCGCGCAAAGGUGGUGGUUUCUGGGGACUCAAGUGGAAUGCCAUUGAAGAUUCUAUCAAUGGAUUCCUCUCCACCAAUGAGCUUGAUGGCCUGCGUGACAUGCGUGGUGUUGCAUCCUCUCGAUCCAUUCCCUUGCUCUCCACUCCGCAAUCGCUUCUCUUUGUCGAUCUUCGGUUAGUACCUGGAGAGGAACAAUCUUUUACGUUUUCCUUUUCCCUGCCCAGGGGCCUCCCGGCGAGCCACAAGGGGAAAGCAAUUAAGGUCUCUUAUAAUCUGGUCAUUGGCACCCAGCGGCCUAGCGGCCCGAACGAGGCCCAGCGGGUCAACCGUAUCAACAUCCCGUUCCGCGUAUUCAGCGGGGUCAAUGAAAAGGGAGACAUCCUAGGUCACGACCUCAUGUCCCCAUAUGUAAUCCUACGCGAUGAAGCAAAGGUGCAAAAAGUCAACCAACAUGCCCCCGUGGCUGUAAAAAAUCAAAGUGUAAGCAGCCAAUGGAAUUCUGCCGGCGACUUCCUCUCCUUCGUGGACGAGAUUCUCGAACAAAGCUCUCGUUCAAACUCCCUCUUCCCCCCGGGAGCCCUCCCCGAAAGACGGGCAUCCAGUUAUGACGGGAUCCCGCAAGGGCUAUCCUGUAAGGACAUAAUCGACUUCGCCAUUCUGCGCAGCAACCAGGCCGCACAGACAAGACGCAGUCCAAAUCGAUUUGAGAUCGCCCGCGACGGGAAACGCAUCGCAGUCGUCGUUCUCAACCGCCCAAUCCACCGCCUAGGCGAGACUAUCAUGGCCAGCGUGGAUUUCAGCGAAGCUUCAAUCCCAUCUUACGCCGUGCGAGCUUCGCUCGAGACAUCAGAGAAAGUCACGCCUACCCUGGCCGUUCGAUCCAACGCCAGUAUUCACCGUACCACGCGCCGCAUUCACGCAUCUCUAUUCGAGAACACACUAUACGCCACGCGCGUCGUUUUCAGUCCGGCUAUUCCCAUUUCCGCCACGCCGACGAUUAUAACCAGUGGAGUCACGCUUGACUGGGAUUUGCGGUUUGAAUUUGUCACGCCGAAUCUGCAUGGCGAACAACAUAUCUCUGGAACCCCGCCUUCCGGGACGGCUCUGCUUGAGAAGGUUUCUUCUGAUGAUCGGGGUAAAGUCUUGUCUGCGAUGGAGUAUCUUGGUUGUGAAUCUUUUGAGAUUUCUAUUCCGAUUAAGGUUUAUGGUGAGACUGUGAGGGAACAGUUGCCCGAGGAGAAUCAGGGUUAUACCAUAUAA